AUGGUACAGCGGAUGGUUAAUAGCAAGGCGACGGAGUAUAACACGGUGGGCUUGGUUCGAAACAAGGUUCAGAGCAAGGAGGACAAGGUUCAGGGCACGGUGGACAAGGUUCGGGGCACGGUGGGCAGGGUUCGGGGCACGGUGGGCAGGGUUCGGGGCACGGUGGUGGUGGUGUAUACACGAGGGCAGGUCCGACGCAAGGUGGGACUAGACGCGGAAUGCAUAUCGAUGUUGGAGAGAUGCAGGGCUCUCCUUGCUUUCCAAUGCAUACGGUGGCCCCACAGGCGGUACGGUAGCUUCGCCACGGUGCUGCUGAUACAUAUCCGAGGAGAGCUAAAAUUCAAUUAUUUAAAAAUUUGUUAG